AUGGGCAAAAGAGUGUACCCCCGCACCAUCGUCGAAGAGGCCCCGAGCCACGACGGCAGGCCCUGCUACGCGGCCUGGCAGAUGACGGAAAUGGACCCCGACACCGAGACGCCGCCGGACGCCUCCAACCGGCCCAAGUGGUCCAUCCAGCUCUACGACACCACGCCCGCGGCCGGCGACCGCGAGCACAUCAAGGCCACAGCAAAAAGGCUCGAGGAGUCGACGCGCCGGGCCCGCCAAAGGCGCGAGGCGCAUAGUCGCGUCGAGGUCCACGGCCUCGUGCUCCCCGCCGGCACGCCCGAGGCCGAACGCGUGGCGCUGUGCGCGGCGCACCACCGCGCCGAGGUCGCCGCGCGUAACGCCUCCGGCACCGCCGACUUCUUCAUCCCCCCGACCUUUGACGAGCUGUGGGAGCGCCGCAUCCUCGUCAUCGACAAGCCCGUCGCCGACGCCACCAGAGACGAGAGCUCGCCGGGGACGGGCGAGAGGGACGACGACGGCGGGGGCGCUUUCCUUGCCGUGUUUUUCGACAUGAAACCCGAGGCCGCGGCCGAGGGCCCCGACGGACCCGACUACGAAGUGGUGCGGUUCCCGGGUAGGGACCUGGGCGACAGGCUGCGGAGCUUCACUAGCUCGAUUGAGUGGUUCUACAACUCGUAUGUUGGAAACGGGACGAUCUAUAGCGGCCUGGAGAAGUGGCGACGAGAGGCCUAG